AUGCAAUUUCAACAUUCUGCUUAUCUAGAUCAGUCUCAAUAUGAAAUGAACAGUAACGGCAACAACAAACCUGCUAUGCCCUCGCCAAUGACCACCGCAUCAUUAGACUCCCCACCAAACAACAAGAUGAAUCACCAAUAUAACACUAUGCCUUUGCCUAGCUCGCCAAAGCCGUCGUCAUACACAAACAGAAUACAGCAGCAACAACAGCAGUAUGAUAUGUACAUGAACUCAAAUUCAAACAACUUUCCUCAGCCCAUCUCUAUACCUACUGCUACAUCAAACACAAAUGCUCACACAAAAUCACCUACUUCGGCAACAAGUCCUCACCAAAAUUACUAUAGCUCAUCUAUUCCUGAUAACAAAAUAUCGGAUGCACUUGUUUCUCCUACAAGCCCAGGUAGCCUAGAAGAUGAGAUUUUUCAAAGAAACAUGCAACACAUUUUCGAGAAGAAAAGACGCAGAAGAGAGUCUCAUAAUGCGGUGGAGCGUAGAAGAAGAGAUAACAUCAAUGAUCGCAUCACUGAACUAGCAACACUCUUACCAGACAGAGAUGCAGUGAAAUCAAACAAGGGGACCAUUCUUAGAAAAUCAGUAGAUCACAUUCGUCUACUACAUGAUAAGUUAAGACAGCAUCAGCAGCGCAUUCAGGAACUAGAAAAUAUACUGGAAGUCUAUCGUGUCAGGAUGGGUCAUCAGCAGACCUCUACAAUGAUCCCACCUGGCCAUCCUUUGGAUUUAUCUGGAAUACAACCACAUCUGAGCCAUGCAAACUUUGGCAGAGAUAGCUAA